AUGAGUAAAAAUAUUAAGCAUCUUGCCAAAAUAGCUAAAGAAAUAGCUAGCAAACAAUUCACUGAGAAUAUGCGGGACAUUAUUUAUUCGAAAAGUAAAAUUAGCAAAGAUCAAUUCGCGGAACUUAAAAAAGUUAUAAAACCGGACCUUGAGUGCGCAACCCAAGAUCGUCCAGGUGCGCCAAUUCCUGUGCCAGGAUAUCCAGUUGAAGAACCAAAUGAUUCAGCUAAGGCGUACGCCGGGUUCAAGGAGAGGGCACAGGAAUUGGCUGAUAAUAAAAGAAAGUCACCGCGGGAACUAAGCGAAUUCAAGAAUAUUAUAAAACCGUCUUGAAUAUUAAAUCGAACUAAUAUUCAAAACUUUGAAGUCUACUCCAGCUCUGCCCGCAAAAAUCACACAAGACAAGGAAAAAUUCCACCAGCCCGCGCAAAACACAAUGGUUGGAUGAGGUCUGUGUCUGUGUGCAGUGUUUCUUUCUUGCAUAGAGCGACAAAUACCUAGAAACGCCAAGAAAGAAAUUUGAAGAAAGUUAAUUUACUAAAAGAUCGCGGGAAGUGUUAACUCUGGGUGGAAUCGGGAGUAAUGGAUUCAUUAAAUCAAUUGGAUUUCAUAAUCUAAAAACUUUAAGAUCCAGUAAAUUAUUUCAGUUAUCAUUUAGAUAACUAACAAAGUCAUUUAUUAGUAGGCGUUGAACUGGGAAGUAAUUACUUUGUAUUAAAUAUUAUGAACUACUAACUAAUAGAAUUGGGCAAGAAGAAAUGAGAAAAAUGUUUAACAAACACCGUCAAAAGCCUGAACGUAAUUGUGAGUGAUUUGAUGUCCUAACCAAAAGAGUGCGUGUAACUAAUCAGAGUGUUUCUGACUUCAGAUAUAACGUGUUAUUUGAUUUGAACCAAUUACACUAUUUUAGAAUUGUACACGCACAGGCUUUAAGUCACUUUUUUGUGUACUGAACAAACGAAUGUGGACCAUUAGCUGGAAAAGUCAACAGCUUUAAGCAAUCGUAUGUGAUGAAUAAUUUUGGAAGAUAUGCUAGAAGCUAUCGCUUUUGGAUUUCACAAUAACCACACUAAACAUACCAAAUAUUAUUAUUGAAAAAAAAGUUUGUACUUGGAAAUAGUGUUAUGAAUAAU